UACUUAUUCCAUUUGAGCCUGGAACCAUCUCAAAUUUCCUUCAUCCAUGGAUUCAUCCAGAAUUUCACUUCGUCCUUUCAAACUCUCCGAUGCUGAUGACUUCCUGAAAUGGGCAAGUGAUGACAGAGUAACACGCUAUCUGAGAUGGAACACCAUAACUUCUGGAGAAGAAGCCUUGACAUAUAUUGAGAAGGUUUGUAUUCCUCACCCAAGGCGUCAGUCCAUAUGUUUGGAUGACCAUUGCAUAGGAUAUGUUUCUGUCAAGCCCGAACGGGGCUAUGAUUCGUGCAGGGCACAUGUUAGCUAUGCUUUGUCUACAGACUUUUGGGGGAAAGGGAUUGUCACAUUGGCAUUGAAGAUGGCCAUCUCUAGGGUCUUCAAAGAGUUCCUAUUUCUGGUGAGGAUUGAGGCUUUGGUUGAGGUUGAGAAUAAGGGAUCUCAAAGGGUUUUAGAGAAGGUUGGGUUUGUGAAAGAAGGGUUGAAGGAAGUAUGGGCAUUGCAAAGGUGA